GAUCGGAGCCACGCCGGGGCGAGCACUGGCAGUGUGGAGCCGGAGGCCGACGGCGACUGCUCUCGCGGCUCCAGUCUGCCGGCCGCCCGGCCCCGGCUGCGGAGCUGCUCCGCCGUCCGCCGCCCGGCGUAGAAGGAAGCAUGCUGGCCGUCGGCUGCACGCUGCUGGUCGCCCUGCUGGCCGCGCCCGCGGUCGCGCUGGUCCUCGGGAGCUGCCGCGCGCUGGAGGUGUCAAAUGGCACGGUGACAAGCCUGCCAGGGGCCACGGUUACCCUGGUUUGUCCCGGGAAGGAAGCAGCAGGCAACGUUACCAUUCACUGGGCAUACUCUGGCUCACAGAACAGAAAAUGGACUACCACGGGAAACACACUGGUUCUGAGGGCCGUGCAGCUCAGCGACACUGGGGACUAUUUGUGCUUCCUGGGUGAUCACCUAGUGGGGUCUGUGCCCUUGCUGGUGGAUGUUCCCCCAGAGGAGCCCAAGCUCUCCUGCUUCCGGAAGAACCCCCUUGUCAACGCUGUCUGUGAGUGGCGACCGAGCAGCACCCCCUCUCCAACCACGAAGGCUGUGCUGUUUGCAAAGAAAAUCAACACCACCAACGGGAAGAGUGACUUCCAGGUGCCCUGCCAGUAUUCUCAGCAGCUGAAAAGCUUCUCCUGCCAGGUGGAGAUCCUGGAGGGUGACAAAGUGUACCACAUAGUGUCACUGUGCGUUGCAAACAGUGUCGGAAGCAAGUCCAGCCACAAUGUAGAUUUCCACAGCUUAAAAAUGGUGCAGCCAGAUCCACCUGCCAACCUUGUGGUAUCAGCCAUACCAGGAAGGCCUCGCUGGCUCAAAGUCAGUUGGCAGCACCCUGAGUCCUGGGACCCGAGUUACUACUUGCUGCAGUUCCAGCUUCGAUACCGACCUGUAUGGUCAAAGGUGUUCACGGUGUGGCUGCUCCCGGUGGCCCAGUACCAAUGCGUCAUCCAUGAUGCCUUGCGAGGAGUGAAGCACGUGAUCCAGGUCCGUGGGAAGGAGGAGCUUGACCUUGGCCAGUGGAGCGAAUGGUCCCCAGAGGUCACGGGCACUCCUUGGAUAGAGCCCAGGACCACUCCGGCAGGGAUCCUCUGGAACCCCACACAGGUCUCUGUUGAAGACGAUGACAACCAUGAGGAUCAGUACGGAAGUUCUACAGAAGCGACGAGUGUCCUCGCCCCAGUGCAAGAAUCCUCGUCCAUGUCCCUGCCCACAUUCCUGGUAGCUGGAGGAAGCCUGGCAUUUGGGUUGCUCCUCUGUGUCUUCAUCAUCCUAAGACUCAAGCAGAAAUGGAAGUCGCAGGCUGAGAAGGAAAGCAAGACGGCCUCUGCCCCACCCCCACCGUAUUCCUUGGGCCCGCUGAAGGCGACCUUUCUUCUGGUUCCUCUCCUCACCCCACACAGCUCUGGGUCUGACAACACCGUAAGCCACAGUUGCCUGGGUGUCAGGGACGCACCGAGCCCUUAUGACAGCAGCAACAGAGACUACUUACUCCCCAGAUAAUCGUCUGGAUGGUACCUGGCAGCCGGCAGGGCACCGCGAGAUCAGCACACAAGUUUCUCACUGCCGGUCCCGUCCACCUGGGUUGGGGUGGGGCGGGUGGGGCUGCAGUUUCACUAACCCACAAGAGCUCUGCACAGGUUCUGAGUGGGUGCAGACGGGUGCUGCGUAGACUCCGAAGGAAGGAAGGGGCUGUGAGGAACAAAGGCCAUCGUGAAGAGAGCCUGCGAAGACUGAAUGGAGACGCCCCUCAGCUCCACAUCUGAUAGUGGCUCACAAGCUGCACCCUCAGAAGGCCUCAGGAAGGGGCGCCAAAGGCUGCCCCAGCUCCCCCCAAGCUACCUUUUAGCUCGAACUCCUAAAGUCCAAGCACUUUGCCAUUUUCUUUCCGAGGCCACUGAGGCCGGGCGGAAGCUUGGUUCCACUUUCCUUCUCAACAUCUGGAAAGCAGCUGGGCCCGGCGGUGGUGACUAAUAUCUCAGGGCCGGAUGGUUUACAUGAGUGACAAUUUCUCAUAAGCAGUUUUUAAAUGUGAAUGACGACCCUAGGCACUGCUGGCUGGGGAGGCUUUAUUUUCCUCUUCGAUCUCAGGACUUCAGGAGAGAAGCAGAACGGAAGUAGAGAGCGUGUGGGUGUCCACUGUCCUCAAGGUACUUGAGGGAGGUACAGCCUGUCCCCCCUACUCUCCCAGAAGAGGGAUGAUGGUACGGGGUGCCUCUUCCAGGGCAGAGAGUACUACUUUACCCCAGUCUCGCCCACACUGGUUUCAACUGGACUGGAGCUACUAGGAAAGAUGACAUUCAUGCAAAAAGAAAACUUGAACGAGCAAGAAUGCACUUUCAUUUUGGUUUUUAGAGAAUCGUUGCCUGUUUCUCUCAAGAGUCUGGAAGAGGCCGCUCACUGAACGCUGGUGUAUGAACCCUCACUGCCCCCUCGCCCCCCAGGGCCAAAGGCCAAGUCAAGUGAAAAUCGAGAAAAAAAAACAAACCAAAAAACCAAAAAACCAAAAAAAACCCAACCCACUGUUUCCUAUAACAGAAAAGCCUUUGGUUUCGUUUUGUAUUUUGAUUUUUUUUGUCUUAAAAAGUGUAAAAACAGCCUGUCUGAGCCCUGCUUCAGGGAACGAGCCUGUGAGCACUCCCAGGCGCAGGCAGGAAGGGUGUCUGCUUCCUGCUACACCUCACUGCCACCUCCUUGCUUUACGUUUGACUGAGUCGCCUCAGAUGCUUUCCCCUGGGGCUUUGAGGAAUCCAGUGAUGUUAGUGGUCACCGAGGAGACCACAGAGCCACAGAGUGGUGCUUAGAUAAAAGUGACUUCUGCAACCACAGCACCCUACACCUGCCGUCUUUCAGAACUAUGCCAGUAACUUGCCUUUUCAGAAAAUGCCACCGCCACGAGACAGGCAGAGCUCAGAAGCUGUCACCCCUUGCCCUCUGUUUGUCGGCUCUAGGGGCCACUGACCUAAGUGUUACUUAUUUUACUUUAUUUUAUUUUAUUUUAUUUUGUGGGUUUUGUACAUUUCAGGUCCCGAGGCUGUCGUAGAUAAGGCUCUAUAGGUUAAAAAAAAAAAUCAGGCAGGUGUUCAUGAUAUUUUAUUUUUUUCCUUCUUUCCUCCUUUGCUACGUUUUUGGGACUCAAGGGUAGCAAAACUGCUGUGGAAGGGAAAUUUAUUAGAAAUAUUACAAAUAGUGAUCUUCAGGGGAUCCGCACAGUUCUUCAGUCCCUCACAGGGCUCUGCCCGAAAGCUGUUACCCAAGCCAGGCAGAACAGGCGCUGAAGACUGAAAUCCAGAUUGCUCAUUAUCUCCCAGAGCUAAAUAGCUUUGAUCUCCAAGUUGUUAUUGCUUUCACUAUUGUUGUAACAGGAUAGCCUCCCUUGCCCCCGUAUCAAAAGGAUGCUUUUUCCUUUUGACGUUUCAUAAGCUAAGUCAAUGAAGUCUGGGAAGUCUAUCUCAUCUGAGCUCCAGCUUCUUUCAGUUCACACAGGUGUAGCCCUCAGCUGCUUCUGGUCUCAAAUCUGGUGAAUAGGUGUCUCAUCCUCGGGUCAUUCUUACUGGAGUUUCUGCAACCCACAGGCUGCCUUGUCGACAGUACCACUUAACACCAGCAUUCAGCGACCAGGCAGCCAAAUGCCUGGUUUAGACAGAGAUGAUUUAAACAUGAUCUUUGUUGCAUGGUAAAAAGAGGGAACACAUACUGGUUCUAGUUCUAAGGUGAUUUUUUGGUUUCUUCUGGCAUUAGUGAAAUAGCUUUAAACUAUUUCAAGGGAGACACCUGGGCCACACCCAUGACAUUUGGUGACAGCCCUUUCUCUCCACGAGCCUUGUCUUCUCACCUGGCUGAAAGCUUGCACUGAAUCUUUCCUAUGUCCUUGGUGUCUUGGGAGAAAGGGGACCCGGUGUGGGCUUUACUGCCAGCAUUGGCUUGGAGCCAGCGUGGAGCAGAGCCCGGCAGGGUGGGCCAGGGUUAGUUAUGGUGUGCCGGUUUAAGGGAUGCCUGGUUUGCCUGGUUGCCUGGGCUCCGAGCUGCAGAGUUUCCUAGCAGUUCUUUAUGGCUGACCUCGUUGGGGAGGAUUCCCACACUCAGCUGUAGGUAGAGGUGGUGAGAAGCCCGUUUCCCCCUUGGAGAGGCAGGAUUAUCCCAAGAGCCUACAGUGAGGUGUGGUGGGAAGGGGCAGGCCAGCUGGCUCGGGUCCUGCGGCUGGCGCUGGGGAGGGUCUGCCAAAGGUCUCCCCAGCCUCUGCUGCUAGUGUAGUUGGGUGCCAGUUCCAGGAAGUUUCUAUGGCAACCUUAAUGCUUAUUAAGGAACACUGUCAGGUUUGUGAACAUAUGCUCAGAUGGAGAUCUUGUUUCCAGGGAAAGGGCUGGUACAGUGUGCAGCAAGCUGGGACAGACAGAAAGACUUCUGGCAAAAGAUCCUAUCUGUUAAAACAGGGUACCUCAAUGCUACAUGUUUUUGUCUUUGAGACAAUGUUUUUAAGGCUUUUACACUCUGUUGCCUGUAAGUUGAUACCUAAGACUUUCUGCAAAGUCAGUGUUUUUUUUAAUGCCUUUUUGCCCCAUUGUUUGCUUUAAAGUGAAAUUUGUAACUGUUUGAAAUAAAUAAUUUCUAAAGCUGCACUUGAGAUGUACUUCU